CCACUCGUGCGUGAGGCGAGCGGAGCCGGAGACGAGACUAGAGGCCGAACUCGGGUUCUGACAAGAUGGCCGGGCUGCCCCGCAGGAUUAUCAAGGAAACCCAGCGUUUGCUGGCAGAACCAGUUCCUGGCAUCAAAGCAGAACCAGAUGAGAGCAACGCCCGUUAUUUUCAUGUGGUCAUUGCUGGCCCUCAAGAUUCCCCCUUUGAGGGAGGGACUUUUAAACUUGAACUAUUCCUUCCUGAAGAAUACCCAAUGGCAGCCCCUAAAGUACGUUUCAUGACCAAAAUUUAUCAUCCUAAUGUAGACAAGUUGGGAAGAAUAUGUUUAGAUAUUUUGAAAGAUAAGUGGUCCCCAGCACUGCAGAUCCGCACAGUUCUGCUAUCGAUCCAGGCCUUGUUAAGUGCUCCCAAUCCAGAUGAUCCAUUAGCAAAUGAUGUAGCGGAGCAGUGGAAGACCAACGAAGCCCAAGCCAUAGAAACAGCUAGAGCAUGGACUAGGCUAUAUGCCAUGAAUAAUAUUUAAAUUGAUCCGAUCAUCAAGUGUGCAUCACUUCUCCUGUUCUGCCAAGACUUCCUCCUUUUUGUUUGCAUUUAAUGGACACAGUCUUAGAAACAUUACAGAAUAAAAAAGCCCAGACAUCUUCAGUCCUUUGGUGAUUAAAUGCACAUUAGCAAAUCUAUGUCUUGUCCUGAUUCACUGUCAUAAAGCAUGAACAGAGGCUAGAAGUAUCAUCUGGAUUGUUGUGAAACGUUUAAAAGCAGUGGCCCCUCCCUGCUUUUAUUCAUUUCCCCCAUCCUGGUUUAAGUAUAAAGCACUGUGAAUGAAGGUAGUUGUCAGGUUAGCUGCAGGGGUGUGGGUGUUUUUAUUUUUAUUUUUUUUUGAGGGGGGAGGUAGUUUUAUUUUUAAUUUUGUGGGCUCCUUUCCCCCUUUUUUGGUGAUCUAAUUGCAUUGGUUAAAAGCAGCUAACCAGGUCUUUAGAAUGUGCUCUCUAGCCAAGUCUAACUUUAUUUAGACGCUGUAGAUGGACAAGCUUGAUUGUUUGAACCAAAAUGGGAACAUUAAACAAACAUCACAGCCCUCACUAAUAACAUUGCUGUCAAGUGUAGAUUCCCCCCUUCAAAAAAA